GGCGGCAGCUCCGUCGUAUACCUUAUAUACUAGGAUUAGCUCCCCCUCCGGUCGCAGUUACUCGCACCGACUCUUCGCCGUCUGGACGAGUAGCGUAAUUUCUCUGCUUAUUUUCACAGCUCAUCAUCAUCAUCUCCAAGCAAUCAGAAUGCGUGAGUGUAUCUCCAUCCACGUGGGCCAGGCUGGUGUCCAGAUUGGCAAUGCAUGCUGGGAGCUCUACUGCCUGGAGCACGGCAUCCAGCCGGAUGGACAGAUGCCCAGUGACAAGACCAUCGGAGGAGGGGACGACUCCUUCAACACCUUCUUCAGUGAGACAGGAGCAGGCAAGCACGUCCCCAGGGCUGUGUUUGUGGAUCUGGAGCCCACUGUAAUAGAUGAGGUGCGCACUGGGACUUACCGCCAGCUGUUCCAUCCUGAGCAGCUCAUCACUGGAAAAGAAGAUGCUGCCAACAACUACGCUCGCGGCCACUACACCAUCGGCAAAGAGAUCAUCGACCUGGUGCUGGACAGGAUCCGCAAACUGGCUGACCAGUGCACAGGCCUCCAGGGCUUCCUGGUCUUCCACAGCUUUGGAGGUGGUACCGGCUCUGGUUUCACCUCCCUGCUGAUGGAACGCCUGUCUGUUGACUACGGCAAGAAAUCCAAGCUGGAGUUCUCCAUCUAUCCAGCUCCCCAGGUGUCCACAGCUGUGGUGGAGCCCUACAACUCCAUCUUGACCACCCACACCACCCUAGAGCACUCUGACUGUGCCUUCAUGGUUGACAAUGAGGCCAUCUAUGACAUCUGCCGUAGAAACCUUGAUAUCGAGCGCCCCACCUACACCAACCUCAACCGGCUCAUUAGCCAGAUUGUAUCUUCCAUCACAGCCUCCCUCAGAUUUGAUGGUGCCCUCAAUGUUGAUCUGACAGAGUUCCAGACCAACUUGGUGCCCUAUCCCCGAAUCCACUUCCCUCUGGCUACUUAUGCCCCCGUUAUCUCUGCUGAGAAGGCUUACCAUGAGCAGCUUUCUGUGUCUGAGAUCACCAAUGCCUGCUUUGAGCCAGCUAAUCAGAUGGUCAAAUGCGACCCUCGUCAUGGCAAGUACAUGGCCUGCUGCCUGCUGUACCGUGGUGACGUGGUGCCCAAAGACGUAAACGCUGCCAUCGCCACCAUCAAGACCAAGCGUACCAUCCAGUUUGUGGACUGGUGCCCCACUGGUUUCAAGGUUGGCAUCAACUACCAGCCCCCCACCGUGGUUCCUGGUGGAGACCUGGCUAAGGUUCAGAGAGCGGUGUGCAUGCUGAGCAACACCACCGCCAUCGCCGAGGCCUGGGCCCGCCUUGACCACAAGUUUGAUCUGAUGUACGCCAAGCGCGCGUUUGUGCACUGGUACGUGGGGGAGGGUAUGGAGGAGGGAGAGUUCUCAGAGGCCAGAGAAGACAUGGCCGCCCUGGAGAAGGAUUAUGAGGAGGUGGGCGUCGACUCCAUCGAAGGUGAAGGAGAAGAGGAGGGAGAGGAGUACUAAAGGUGGCACACCUAUGUGGAAAAAACUCACUCUACUAUCUCAUCCUAUCCAUGUGUGAAUCUAGUGACGUUUGUGGCAAGUGGGAGGUGUCUCUUGCCCCCAUGGCAGGAAGGCAGGCUCUUUGCAAUCACAUAGUAAGAAUCUUUAAAAGAUUGACUGUUCUAUAGUUGUCAGAUCUGUGAUCAUGAUAUUUGAUUUAAUUUCAUGUUUUGACACAUUAUUUAUUUUCCAUCCCAUGCAAUAAAUACGUUUUAAAAAAUAA